AUGACAGGUUUUAUUGAAGAUGAGAAAGAUGAAAAAAACAAAAGUGAAAAUAAUAGUAUAUAUAAUGAUGAUCUCUUAACCCAGACUGAUUUAAUUUUGGAAGAAUCUGUAAAUUUAAAAGAUCCAGUUUUUCAAGAAGAAGAUUUCAUACCAUGUGAAUUUUCAACAAGUGAUACAAGUGAUAAAGGCAAUAAUAAUGUUGAAAGCAGCAGUGAUAUAGAUUUGGAUCCUGAAA